GACACUGAACCAUCUCUUAUUUUUUACAAUUCUUUCAAAUCCAUUUUUAUCAAGAUUUUGCUUUUUUCCUCAUUACUUUAUUUUCUAAUUUUAGAAAAUUUUCUUAAAAAAUGCGUCAUUUGCCGAGACGUUUAUUUGGAAAAUUAUUUUGUUGUUGUCAUCGCAAAGAUUCUCCAAAUAAAUUUAAUUUGGAAAUUUGUUUUAAUCGAAUAUUUCCAAUUGUUAAUUUUUUGAUGCGACGAUUUCUUGGACGUUUUUUGUAUGUUAAAGUUUAUUGUAUUUUGGCUUUUGUUUUAUUUGUUUCUGUAGCAAUUGUUAUUCCAUAUGAAAGUCUUUAUAAGCCAUUUUGGGUAAUGAUUCCUCUUUGCUUUUUUGCUGUUUAUAUUGCUGGGAAUUUACUUUUUCAUUUUAACAAAGCUUGCCGAGUUGGACCUGGAAGUCCUAAAAAGAGUGAUCUUUUACCUCGGUGCUUUAUUUGUAAUAAUCAUAAACCUGUAAAUGCUCAUCAUUGUUCGAUCUGCGGAAUUUGUGUGUUAAAUAUGGAUCACCAUUGUAUUUGGCUUAAUCAAUGCGUUGGUGCAUGUAAUCAUCGUUAUUUUCUUCAAUUUAUUGGUUUUACUGCUUUGGGAUGUGGAACAUUUGUUUUGGCUGCUUCAAAUACUUUUUAUUAUAAUUAUUGGAAAGCAUUUACAACAAAUAAAAUGUUUUGUGAUUCUGAUGUUCUUGCAAAAGAAUUGCCUUGGUUUGAAUUUAUUUGUGGACAUGGGCCUUCAACUUUGGUUUCGAUAAUUUUUGCGGCUUAUUUGCUUUGUCUUAUUGUUUUUGUAAUGAUUGGAGGGUUUUUCUAUUGGAAUUUUGUUUUGAUUAGUUUUGGUGAUACUUAUUUGGGGGUUAUUAUCAAUGCUCCAACAUUAAAAGGCUUAGUGAAUAUGUUCUUUUUUCCUUGCCGAAAUGAACAUUUUCAUGAGAAUUGGCGUCGCUUUCUUGGAUUAGACGUUGGAAAUCGAACAUUUAUUCGACAUAUUUUAUUACCUUCUUCUCAUGAUGCAAGUGGUUAUUUUGAAUGGACUGGACGUGUUAGGGAUGAUUACAACAAUAAACUUUGUGGGGAAAAGAAAGAAACUCCAAUAACGAUUGUUUAA